AAAUUUAUGUGACAAGUCAUAUGCACAAUGUUCUCUGCAGAAAUGGCCCUCCUUUGAUACCCAAGUCCCUCGGCCCUGCGAAAGACCGCGAAGAUGGCCUCUGCUAGAUCCGUGUCGCUGUCAGCUGCGCUGCAGACGUCAAUCGUCCUUUGCCAGCGAUUCGCGGCGUCGCUGGCCCCAAAUUCCUCGUUUGAAGUGCCUCCAAGCGAUUCAACUGCGCCAUCACCGUUGGUCCUUCUACAUGCCGCCGCAACUACCCUCAGGGCGCAAGUGACCAAACUGUCACUGCUGGCAAUCACGGCCCCCUUCACCCCGACCGCGGUUACCACAUGUCUGCUCCCAUUGAACGAAUCCAUCCUUACGUCGUUGGUCACGGCCGCGCUGCUCACUACACCGGACAAGACUAUACCGUCUUUCUCUGCCGAGUGCCGCAAUUUAGCUGCGACCGCACUACGUGAUAUGCAAACUCUCCUUCGGCUUCUAGAGGCGCGAAGUCAGACCGAGAAACCCGCAGCAGAACUUGGGGAAAGGGAAAAGAGCGGGUUUACGGAGGCUACUGGCAAGGUGUGGGACGACUGUGAUAAACUCAUUCCUUUGGCUGCUGAGGGCGUACCUGGAUACGUCGUCCGGAAGUCGAAUCAGUGGCUAGAUCUCAUGAAAGAUGCGGUGAAGGAAUUGGAAGAUUGGGAUCCCGAGGACGACAUCGAUGAGCAUGAUCCGUUUGGUAUCAACCACAGCGAUCACGAUGACUCUGACAAUACUAAUGACAAUGACAAUGAACGCAACACUGAUCGAGCUGCGAUAUCUGCCGGGGUCAAGGAACAAGCACUCAAGGUCUUAAACCGCAUCCCACAAAGCAUUCACGUUGUCAUUAAGCAAAGGCUCGAGAAAAUACCAACGGAUACAGUCAAGACGGCUAGCCAAAUGUCUCAAAUGGAUACGGCCCUCAAACGGAUCCGCCACGUUUCCGAACUCAUUGACGAAUCCGCCGAAGGAAUGUAUCUUGGGGAUCUUGAAUUAUGUCUCAAGAAGGCAGGCGAAGCUCGAGCGCUUACCAUUGAGGUGGUGGAGUCCGUGCUCCAACCGAUCUCAGAGUUGAGCGCAACGACGACAGCAGCGGUCGAGACUAAGGAGGACAGAUAUAUCCACCGAGCACUUCAAUGGAUUCGACAGGUCGAUCCCGGAGGGUAUUCGCGAAAACCAACAUGAUGCGUGAGGUGCGACCACUCGUUGCCAUGCAAUCCUAUCUAGGGGUCAAAUUUCAGUCGAUGCUUGAUGCCGCCCUCCGGGCCGUUUAUGACCUGUCUGACGACCAGGUUUUACGCUCAAUUCGCAAUGCACUUCUCGCCCAUACGACCGUAACCCCGGUCCAAAGAACCGCCCACACUGUGGGUGCCCCCCAGCCAACGCCAUAAGCAACGUCAUCAGUAGUAAGGUAUAUCGCCACAAUGAGCGCUGCACCAACAAACAUUGCGGGGAUGGACCAGAACCAUAGCAGGUGCAUCAGCAGUGCUCGAAAGCGCGGGGAUGCAUGGUAUCUGACCAGGGCGGCCGUGCGAAGUUCCUUUCCCCCUUUCCCAUCCACGGCGCAGAUAUCCUCAAACAGGCAGAACGUGAGCGGCGGACAGAUAGAGUUCUUCGCAUGUGAACUGAGCCUGAAAUGCCGUAGCGUCCAGCGAUGAUGCGCAGCCCAGCCGUUGGCAACUAACAUGGCCCCCAUUACUAUCAUUCCCACCGGCAUCGGGAGUGCUAAUGCGCGGAUCGAAGGAUACCGAGGGAUGCUGAAGAUGAUCAGAAUGAUCAUCAUGACUGUGAAGGGUGGCAUCAGAAAAUAUUGAGUGCUGUCAAAUCCCCAGAACCGGGGGCUGCCGAACAACGGGCGAUAUUGAUCACUUGGCUGCACCAACCGCCAGCUUCGAAUGCCAAAUUCAUAGCCAGUCACAAAGCCAAACAGACUUGUGAUGAUGGCAAAGUAGAUUCCUGUUCAUGCAGGUCAGUUGCGUUGUCGCCUGGACCGUCGCCUACCCAGGCGCAGCUUACCAGAUCUCAUGCUCGUCCCUUUACUCAGCCCGUAAUACAGCGCGAUCGGCAGGAAACAACAUUCUGUCAGGACCAGAAUCGUGAAGAUUGACAAGGACGACUUGUGAUGUCGUACAUCGAAUGGCAGAGGCGGUGGCUGCUCGAGACUCUGCAACCCAUCACCACGGAUUAGAGAAUUGAACUGCUCCAACGCAACAUCGUCCGAAGACGAGGUGGCUGGCGUGGUCGAAGCCUCAGAGGUUCGCUGUUCAGUAGGCUUCACAUCGCCGCCAGCCUUGAAAGCCUGCUCAACUGGAAGGUCUUCCUUCGCCGUUCUAGUCGUCGUUGUCGUCCCCGUUCUGCACCAGGGAAGCAUCUCUUGCAC